AUGGCAUCUGCAGGGAACGAGCGCUUCAACGACGAAGCCGCCGACUGGGACAAGAACCCGGCGGUGCAAGAAGCGACACGCCUCGCGUUCGACACCCUCAAACCAAUCAUCCAGGCGCUAUCAGAGCGAAAGCGUUCGUCCUCGGGAGCUGGUCUUGACGUGCUCGAAGUCGGCUGCGGCACAGGCCUCCUCACUCUCCGUGUCGCACCGCUCGUUCGUGAGAUCGUAGCCGUCGAUCCAGCACACGGCAUGAUCGAUGCGUUGAAGGCGAAAAUCAACGAUACCGCCAACGGGCAGGGUACACAAGACAACAGCAACAAUGUCGUCCCCGUCUGCCGCCUCCUGGAAGACCCUGAAGAUCCUGCCCUCCCGCCUCAUAAUCCCAUCGACCCCAACGGCGCCCGGCGCAAGUUCGACCUCAUCCUCUCACAUCUUGUCAUGCACCAUGUCCCCGAUCUAAAGGCGUUCUUGUGUACAUUGCUUGGUUGCUUGACGCCCGGUGGCAGGGUUGCAUUGACUGACUUUGAGGACUUUGGGCCCGAGGCGAUCAAAUUUCAUCCUCCGUCAAAGCUGGACGGGGUCGAGAGACAUGGGAUACCUGCUCGGUGGAUGGAGGAUCUGAUGAAGGAGGUUGGGUUUCAGGACGUUAAGUUUAUCCCAAAGGAACUCCAUUACUUUUCCACUGCGAAGAAGAGGACACCAAAGCCCCUGCCAAGAAACAACAGUACGGAGACUAGCCUUGGUCCAAACCUGAUAGCGGAAGACUGGAGUGCAAGUCCGACACCACGACUCAUGCCUUCGCCCCAUUACCUGGCAGCAUUGGAGCUGCUUCCGAAUGAGGUCCUGCAUCUAAUACUUGGGCAUUUCUGCGCGCACUGCCGCGGAGAGCACCAGCAAAUGUCGCCAAUUGAUCACUCAAGUUUUGGCCACAUUCCAUGUCCAGCCCCUCAGCCAGAUCCCAAUGAGCGGACCUGGUACGCUGCGGACUGCCGGGAUUUGUACUCGACGUGUCUGGCGUCUCGCCGUCUCCAUGACAUCGCUCAGCCAAUACUGUUUCAUCAAUUUAUCCCCGGCUAUGAUUAUGGGGUAUCUGUUCUUGCCGCAUGCCGCAAAUGGAACGGCCAACUUGCCUCUUUUAUGCGAACUGUUGCCCAGCGUCAAGACCUCGCUGCCGCGGUGAAACGAAUCUUUGUUCAUCCCUCCUUGUUGGAGCCUUUUCAAAGUGCAGAACUUACCCGUUCUCACCUUGCUUGUGAGAAUCCCGAGGAAGUUGUGAGUGAAGUUGGAACCAUGCUAGGGAUCAAAGAACCGCAUCAACUAUCAGGUGGGGAUCUGCUUGCACUUUUGAUCGCAGAGCUGCCCGGCUUGGAGCAUUUUAGUCUUCGAGCGAAGUAUUAUGAUGCCGAGAUUGCUCGCCCGGCUGCGCUAAGCGCCACAGGAAUUUCACACUUAUCCCUCAAAACCAUCGAUAUCUCACUAGAUACUCUUUACUAUCCAGGGAGAACACUGAGUCUUCAGCAGCACGUCCGCGCCCUUGUUGAGUUGUCUCCGUCUCUUGAAACACUCAACGUUCACGUGUGCAAGGAGACCUGGCAACAAUCUAGUAUUCCUUUCCUGCCCAACCUGAAGAAUAUUUGUUUCACUUUUAGCAGACUCGGCGAAAAGGAUCUUGAGUCAAUGCUUAGCUCAUGCAACGGCCUAACCAGCUUUUUCUACCAGGCGGGUUGUCGGACCUACAAUAUCAAUGACGACCCCUGGAACGGAAGCGAUCAAUUCCAGCUAUCUCAUGGCGUACGAUAUCUGGGACGACACCGCGCAACACUCAGAUCAUUACACCUCGACCUCCGGGAGAGGGGCGAGUCCACAUGGUCUCCCGGCACAUGGGAUAUGUCUAGCUUCCGGGAGUUUACUGCCCUACAACACUUGACUCUCAACGUGGAGGAACUCGACAGCCUGGUGUGGAGAGGAGCUCGAGUGGGCGAUCCAGAGCUCCUGAUCCAGCUUCUACCCCCUAGUAUUGUAUCCUUCCACCUUAUGUUCCAGAGCGCAUACAGUGAUCAACCACUAUGGCUGGAAAGAAGCCUGCUUGGACUCGCGGACGCUGCUGCUCGUGGGGAGUUCCAGAAUCUGAAGCAAGUUAAAUGGGACAAAGAUUGGGAUCUGAAGCGCGUGCAAUCCAUCUUUGCUGCUUCCGGGGUUAGAUUUGGUUACGACGGUUAUUGGGGGACUAGGUCGACACUCGGUGACCAUGGUUGGAGGCCACGCUCGCCGGAUGCUGGGCAAUGGAUGCCACUGCCGGAUGAGGACGACGCCGAUCUAUGA